GAUCCAUUUGAAAUCACCUUUCUAUUAGAAAGUAGUCAAUUACAAUUGAAUUAUAAAAAUGUUCCUAUGUCUUUGGAACAAGUGAGAUCCGUGGUUGGCAAAGAUAUCGUAAAUUUUAUAGAUUGUUAUAGAGUUUAUGCACAACUACGUAGAUUUGGAUACAUCAUUUUUAGGCAUGAUCCUAAAAGAAAUAAGAAAAGUCCUCCAUCCAGCUCUAGUUUAAAAAAAGAUAGUCCUGAAAGUACCUCAAAAGUUAUCUACUGUGAUAAUCAAUAUAAUCUUUAUACCGAUCUUAAAAGAAAACAUUCAGAUCUUCAAACUAAUGAUUCAAAUCUCAAAAAAUUGAAGCUAGUUGAAAAAGGAUCAGUACUUAAGAAUGAUAGUAGAUAUCCAGAUUUUGGACAUGUUUUUAGAAACCUUCAAGUAUUUGGAAAUCUGACUGAAGCGUGUAAUCACACUGAACUUAUUUUUGACUUUGAUCUCUAUAGACCAAAGCGUGAUUUCAAGAAGUCUUCAUGCAAUUCUCCUUCUUAUAGAAUCAUUUUAUUAAGAAAUUUAGAUCAAGAUUUGCCAUGUGAAAUCUGUAUAAGAAAGGCAAAAUAUCAAUUAAAUGACAAUGUUCCAGUGUUAAUCACAAGAGCUGGGAUAGAUAAUAUAUCUUACUUUUCAUUAUCUUCAAUUGAUGCAUCCUUAAAUACACUGAAUAAAAGCCAACUAUUAUAAACAAAAAAGAUAAAUUUAUUUCUAA